AUGGGGUGUGAAAGGAUUGAUAUGUUUCUUCAAGGUGGACUCCCUGAAGGACAUCUUACAGAAUUAGUUGGACCAUCAUCCUCUGGUAAAACACAAGAUUUUACUCCAGAUGAUAAUUUUGUUUGCCUACGAGCUGCCUCCAGCGUUGCGAAGAAUUAUUUGGAUAGUGCUCUGUUCUUAGACACAUGCAACUCCAUUUCCCCUAAACGCAUUGCACAGAUUGUCGGCCAGAUUUCAGAUCCUGACAAUAAAGAAGUGAACAAAGUUAUUCAGCGAGUAAUGAACAGUAUAGUGUAUCACGCUGUGUUUGACAUCUAUACGUUGUUGAAUGUGCUCCAUUGUCUAGAGUUUAAUUUGAGAUCUCAGAAAGGUUCGCAGCUGCGGCUACUUAUUGUUGAUUCAAUUUCAUCGCUUAUCAGCCCAAUUCUUGGAGGCAAUGGUACAUAUAGUGCGUCUACUUGUGUGCACAUAACAGCUAUCUGA